AAUUUUUAAGGUGACUCGUUUCUACCUUUGAUAACUAAGCGGCAACUUCCUCCCAUAAUUUCGUUCCGACUUUGGCCCAUCAAAACCCGAGAGGCUUCUUCGUUUUCUAUCUCAAGAAAGGGGAACCACGCUAGCCAGGAGCUCACAGAAAUCUAUUGGAACGCUAGAGUGGGCUUCUAUUUCUAUUAAUCUGCAACCAUGGGCAGUGGUGCUGCGAAUCCAGAUUAUGAAUCCAGGGAGCACCAAGAGGAGAGAGCUAAUGCAUCGGCUAAUGAAGAAGACAUUAGAACUCAAUUUCCUCCUCUUGAUAGCAUUGAAGAUGUGCUGCUUCAACUGGAGGAUUAUACAUCUGGCUCGGUCCCAAAAGAGCAAGCUAAUUGGUUCUUACAGACUGUUGCAACUUUUAUCACUUCAUGCUCUGUAGAGCAGAUACGCUUGGCACCUGAUAAAUUUAUUUCUCUUUGUAAAAGGUUCAAAGAUCAAGUUUUGCAGUUGCAAGCACCUAUGCAAGGGAUUGCACCCAUGCGGACUGCUAUUCGUAAACUUCAAUCUUCAGCUGAGCAUUUAACUUCUCUACAUUCAGAUUUCCUUCUUUUAUGCAUAGUUGCAAAGUGCUACAAAGCUGGUCUAAGCAUUAUGGAGGAUGAUAUCUUCGAAGUUGACCAGCCAAAGGACUUCUUCCUGUAUUGUUAUUACGGGGGAAUAUUAAAUAUUGGGCAAAAGCGUUUCAGAAAAGCCUUGGAAUAUUUGCACCAUGCGAUUACUGCUCCAAUGACAGUGUUAAACACAGUAGCUGUUGAAGCGUACAAGAAGUACAUUCUGGUUUCACUUAUCCACACCGGUCAGGUUCUGCCUUUCCCGAAGUACACUUCUUCUGUCGCACAAAGGUCUCUGAAGACCUACGCUCAGGCAUACAUUGACUUAGCCAAUAGCUAUGCAACUGGAAAGAUUUCAGAAGUGGAGAAAUGUCUUGAGACUCACGUGGAUAAGUUUAAACUUGAUGUCAAUCUCGGAUUAGUAAAGCAAGUUGUAUUGUCUCUAUACAAGCGUAAUAUUCAACGGUUGACACAAACUUACUUGACUUUAUCCCUCCAAGAUAUUGCCAGCACAGUGCAAUUGGAGACAUCCAAGCAAGCUGAAUUGCAUGUGCUUCAAAUGAUUCAUGGUGGGGAGAUUUUCGCAUCAAUCAACCAGAAGGAUGGGAUGGUGAGCUUUCAUGAAGACCCUGAGCAGUAUAAGACUUCUGAGAUGAUCGAGCAUAUUGACUCAUCAAUUCGGAGAAUUAUGUUGCUCUCGAAGAAGCUAAGUGCCGUGGAUGAACAUAUAUCGUGUGAUGCUGCAUACUUGUCCAAGGUUGGAAGAGAACGACCGAGGUUCGAAAUUGAUGAAUUUGACACUGUUCCUCAGAAGUAUAUGACGAUGUGAAAUGUGGUGACUAGUUUAUCUUUGAGGUGCUUAUACUUGCUCAUUCCUUGAGCAUCGCAGCUUUCAUAUUCAAUUCAAGUGCCAACAGUAUUGAAGUUUUAUACUUGACCACAAAAAAAAAAAUACCACAAAAAAAAAAUAAGGCAUUUCUGAUUACUUUGAAUGUUUGGAUGGGGAAUCUGGCAUAGUUUUGAUGUUAUCAUUCUCAGUUCUUGUCACUUACGAAAAAUCAUUAAUUUGAUUGAGAGGGUUUGGAGCUUUACCAUGCUCUUGGUUAUUUA